AUAACGGCGCUCGAAGCGAUUGAACACGGAGAUCACCAGGGAGUGGCUACAUUCCUGCCUUUAGUAGCUCUCUUCGAGCGUUAGGUGUCUGUUGUAAGACCUAGAAUUUAGAAUCAAUUCAUUAUGUUUACGCCCGGAGGUGGAGCUGUCUAUGCUCCGCCAAGUCCAAACCCUACUGCCCCACCGGCGUAUGGGAAUGUGCCUGGUUACGAGGGUUUCAUGGGUGGAGGGGCAGGUGGAUAUAUCCCUCCUCCUGCUCCUCUUCAUCCAGUGCCAACACCAGACGCUCAGCCAGAGCAGAUUGACUGGACCAUCCCUUCAAUCACAGAGGAAGCCGCACAGGCAGCCUUUCUGGAGUUUGCCGGCAACAACUGCUGCUGGAGCAAAGCCCCUGCCAAGGACGGAGUCAUAACCAAGAUGGAGGCAUUCAACACUUAUCGGUAUCGGCUGGAGACCUUCACUGAAUCCAGAAUCACUGAGUGGCAAACUGAAGCAUUUACAGGUCAAACUGUGGAUGUGGGCCUGCAACCAGCCCCACCUCCCUGGUCUAUUCAAGUGCAGACGCCCGCCCUGUUUAAGGACCACGAGGAGAACAUCAAAGUGCCCAACACUUCCUCUGUGAAGGGCUGCCAUAUUUGCCAGGAGACUGGAAAAACCCGGUGUGACACGUGCAGUGGCUCGGGCAAGAAACAUUGCCACAGAUGUGAUGGCAGCGGAAAGAGGUUUCAGGAAGAUUGUGAGGACUGCAAUGGAACAGGAAGAGAACAUUGUACUGAUUGCAGUGGGGACGGACUACAUAACUGUGAAACCUGUGAUGGGAGGAGGCAGGUUCUGAUGUUCAUCAACCUCAAGGUUACAUGGAAGAACAACCUGGAAGAUUAUUUGGCUCAGCAAUCUAGCGGUAUGCAGAUUGAGAACCUCACCUCAGUAUCUGGAAAGAAGCUAUUUCACGACACUCAGUACAUGGUGUACCCAGUGUUUGGCUUCCCAGAUCCCAACUUAUCUCAGGCAUCUGAGAGGAUGGUUCGGGAACACCAAAGCAAAUUCUCCCAGUCUGCACGCAUCCACCAGCAGCAACACGCAAUUGAAUUGAUUCCUAUUACCAAGGUGUCCUACAAAUGGAAAGGCGACACCCACUUUUUCUAUGUGUUUGGGAAUGAGUCGAAAGUUAGUGCGGAUGAUUACCCUGCCACUUGCUGCUGUGUCGUAAUGUAGGUUAUGGGCCAAAGCUUGUGGUCAAUGUUUCUACAAAAAGACGACUCUUGAAUAUGUAAAGGAAUAUGAUGAUAUUUGAUGCAUUGCUGUCUUGCCAUGGAGAUAUUGGUCUAUAUGGAGCAACCAUGCAAUUGUUAGAUUUGCAUGUAUCUUUAGCAAGUAAGUAAGGUUAGAGCUUUUUUUCCAAAUUGAGCCGUUUUCUUCAGUACUCUAUCAGGGUUUUAAACCCACAAUGGACUCCAGUCAAUUAACGUUAAAGUUCUGUUUAAUUUAGUCCACUUCCAUUUAAAGUCACAGGGUAAUUCAACCACUAUUGUCAUUUGUGUUUGACGUUGUCUGAAGAAAUCAUGUUGAUUAACUUGUAUAGUUAGGAUAUAGUAAUUGAUUAAUCAUCGUUAGCUUUACACGGUGUGAUAUCGAGGAUUUGUUACAAGUUGACUGUACACAGAAAACACUUUUACCUCAAACUCGCUCAGUGACCUUACCGGUUUUGGUUGUGGUGUUGCUUCCUAUGCAGCAUUUACGACAUGUUUCUUUUCCAAUUGCUGGACAAACUGACUGUUGAGGCAUUCACUCCUUAAUACUGAUAUGCUUGCAUAUAUUCAGUAAUUAAUUCAGAAAUAAUUCAGAACUCAACCUUGUGAAACAAAACAGUAAAUACCAUAUGGCUUUAUAAUUUUCAUGCCCACCACCCAAAUCAAUAAGUAGUUUUAUCACUUCGUUAUUUAGUACAUACCAGUAUACAGUAUAGUAAUCCAUAUUUUUAUAAUUUCAUGGAAUCACUUUAGUAUUAUUUGUCCAUUAUUCAGUAACAUCCUAUCUAACUUUGUAAUCAAUAGCUUUAUAGCUUCACAUGUUCAGUGAGGUUAGCUUUGUUUACUUUUCAUCACAAAAUGGGUGCUUGACCUUCUUUGCCAUCUUGAUUUUUUGUGCCUUAAUUACUCACUGCCACAUAGGAAAAGGUCUUUUAAAAAAAUCAAAUGUGCUGAAUUGUGUCACUUGAGUAGAGGAUUUAUUCUCUUCCAUGAGUGCCUAAAACCAGAUGCAGCAUCUUCUUUAUUAAGCAUUGUUAAGCAUAACUGCCAAUGAAGAAUAAGUGAACAAAACCUAUUGGAAAAGGUGUUGUUAUUUAUGAGUUUGUUAUGUGCUAUGCUUGGCUUACUGUUUCAAAGCAAAAAUCAAAGCAAAAAUCUCACAAAGCACUAAUAUUACAUAAUAUUACAUACACAAUAGCCUAUGCAUGUACUGCAACAUACAUGACCAAUAAAUCAGUUAGUAAACAACUGUUUUGAGUCGUUGUCAUGAAUUGACAUUGAUUUGGAAGGAAUUAUUUUCUUAUGUUGUGUGUCUAUUUGUAU